AUGCCGAAACCCGUCAGUCAUGGACGAAAGAAGAGCAAGAAUCCCUUCGCGGGGGCGACAGGGCUGAAGCGAGCGAUCUCGUUGUCGCAGCGUCAGAAGGAUAUGAAGCAGAAGCGCAAGAGAGUCGAGGAGAUCUUCGCGGACGCGGACAUGAGCUACACUGGGAGCCUGAACCGAGAAGAGUUCGCAACGGUUUUGGAGAAGAUGGUGGAGGAGGCUGGGGUGGAGGAACCUGUCACCCCGACGGCGGUGGAGUGGGUCAUGCAACGCGCGGAUAGCACCGGCGAUAGCUCCACUCUCUCCAUGGAGGAGAUGGAGAAGGGAAUGGGAGUGUGGGCGUCGUAUUUGGGCAGGAAAGAAUUCAUCGACGACAUAAUGCAGCGUUUUGACCUCGACGGCGACGGCAAGCUGUCGAGGGAGGAGCUUAAAAGUUAUGUAUGCGAGCUCAAGGGGGGCGAGGCACCCACGGCCGCCGAGUUGGACUGGAUCAUCCAACGGUGCGACAAAGGGGGCUUCAACACCGUAGCGGGGGAUGGCUUUAUUGGUAGGAUCGAGCUCCUAGAUGUUGCCGACGAGUGGUGCUACCUUCCACGGGACGUGCACUCGGACGAGAAACUGCUGAACGAAGACGAGACCUCGGCAGUUCCGGGUUCGGCGAGGGGCAAGGGUGGAUGCUGCGUUGUGCAGUGA